AUGUCAACAUGUUGUCUAACAAUUGUAUUGGUUCAUGCUGGAAAUGAAUGUAAAUUAGUUGAUCCAAAAUCAAAAGGUGGAUCUUGUACAUCACACAAAGAAUGUCUAUAUCCAUUAGUUUGUUAUCAUACAAUUUGUUCAGAAAGAAAACCAGAUAAUGGUACAUGUUCGACCAAUAGCGACUGUGCUUCUGAUGUCACCAAGAUGAAAUGUGCCAACGGUCAAUGUAUCCUUGAAGCUGCCAACGGUGAGAGUUGUGUAAAUAGAAAUUGUGUCGACACCUCCGACUGUCUUAACGAUGUCUGUUCCUCCAAAGAUUGUUCCGAUGACGAUGAAUGUGGUUUAAAUUACUAUUGCUCAGAAUCUAAAUGUAUUAAAGCAACUCCUGGUGGAUCAUGUUCUAAAGAUUCAAUGUGUUUGGUAAAUGAAGUCUGUAGUGGUGACAAGUGUGUAGAGAAGUACAGUGGUGAGAUCGGUACUGUUUGUCAUAGUCCAGAGCAAUGUAAUGUCUACGAUGGAUACGUAUGUGAUAAGAACGCCAAUAUCUGUAAGAGAAACAGCUACUUGGACAAGGAAUGCUAUGUAGAUUCCGAGUGUGGUGGUGGAUCGUGUGCCUGUACCGGAAGCAACAAGGUCUGUGUUGGCUACGACGGUGCAAUGUCGAUCUCUGCUUGCAAGGACAUGUCCGAGACUGUCGCCAAGUGCUUGAUCGACAACCAAUGCACCAGAACCCUGCCAGAGACCUGUCCAAAGUGCUACAACGACUGGCUUUGCUACCAAUUCAGAUGUAACUCCAAUUACGCUAGCGAUCCAACCUAUUCAUCGCUCGACGCCAAGUGUCCAAAGAUCACCACCACCAAACCAAAAGUACAGACACCAGUCAAUCACAACAAUCCAGCAACCCACGAAGAAAAUGAAAACAGUAACUCCAACACUGGAUUCACUCUAACAUAUUCCAGUUUCUUAAUUUUAAUAUUAUCAUUAUUAACAUUUGUAUUGGUUUAA